AUGCAGAUCCAUGGAGGGUCCUCACCUUUUUCUGCGAAACGCCUCAACCCUGACAACUACUUCCAAGCCAUCGAACAAGCGGCGUUCUCUCCCUUCAACAUGGUCACCGGCAUCGGACCCAGUGCGGACAUCAUGCUUCAAGCACAUCGCGUCGGGCCCAACUACCAGCAACGGCCAUGCAACGCCGCACGCCCCAAACUCUACUCCCCAUACCAACGUGACGGACCUGGCACGAUCAAGGGCAACUAUGGCGGUGACCCGAACUACGUCCGCAGCGCUUUCCGCCCUAUUAAGCAGAUCCACUCGACGGAUGUCAGCUUCAACGAGUGGCAUGUCAAGGUUCAGGCGUUCAGCAGCCAGGUCACUGAUGAUGAUUUUACGCAGCCGAAGGAGUUGUCGAAGUUGUUUAAGCGUGAUGGUGUGGAUGAGGAGCUUGUACAUAAUUUGGGCGUACACAUUAGCGGCGCUGUCAAGCCGGUGCAGGACAAGGCUGUUGAGGUGUGGAGGAUGCGGAACCUGGCCAUCAUGAAUAUAAUGCGUUUCACGACUCCAGCCCUUCGGGGCCCUGGAUAA